AUGUUAAAUCGCCCAGUUACGAUCCCAGAUUCAUGUAUAAAGGUACAUUCGAUUGAAAUCCAUCGCUUCGAUUCAUCCCCAUUCGCUUUUAUACACAGAAAAAAAUCUUCAACCGUUCGUUCGUGCCAGUACGAAAUGUCCUGCGGUAAAGCCUUGAGACAUGAGAAAUUCGAGAAGAAAGUGAAGAAAGAUGAACUGGAUUUCGAAUACUAUUACGGGAAAUUAGCGGAAUGGGAGAGAGCGAAGAAACCGCCAGAGAUUUACAUAUGGCCCUGCAUCGAACGGGCGCCCUAUUGGUUGCUGGAGAAGACCGACGAGAUCAUAAAAAAAAGAAGAAAUUUCCGAUGGAAUCCCUCGUUGAGGAACCGCCCAGAGACAAUCCGUCAGAGACAAUCCUUGUUGGAGAAAGAAAGAUAUGCUAUUGGUAGGAAAAAAAUUCAAACACGACGUUUGUUUGUGGUAUUACAAAACUUAUCCACCUCCGAAUAUCAAAUUCCGGCCCAAAAAAACUCGAAUAAAUAGCGCGAAUAAAGUACCUAAUGAGAGAAAAUCACAAUCGUUUUAUUUAUUCAUUGGAUUC